CCCGGGCGCUGGGUCAGAGCGGGCCGGGUACGGCGGGACCGGGCGAGCGCGGCGUACUGGGACUUCGAGGCGAAGAUGGCGUCAGGCAGGCGCGCUCCUCGCUCCGGGCUGCUGGAGCUGCGCGCCGGGGCGGGCUCCGGGGCGGGCGGCGAGCGGUGGCAGCGGGUGUUGCUCACUCUGGCGGAGGACGCGCUGACCGUGAGCCCCGCCGACGGCGAGCCCGGCCCGGAGCCGGAGCCCGCGCAGCUCAACGGCGCCUCUGAGCCCGGCGCGGCGCCCCCGCAGCUGCCAGAGGCGCUUCUUCUCCAGCGGCGCCGCGUGACGGUGCGCAAGGCCGAUGCCGGCGGGCUGGGCAUCAGCAUCAAGGGGGGCCGGGAGAACAAGAUGCCGAUUCUCAUUUCCAAGAUCUUCAAAGGACUGGCAGCAGACCAGACGGAGGCCCUCUUUGUUGGGGACGCCAUCCUGUCUGUGAAUGGUGAAGAUCUAUCCUCUGCCACCCACGAUGAAGCAGUACAGGCCCUCAAGAAGACGGGCAAGGAGGUGGUGCUGGAGGGUAAGUAUCUGGAGAUCUGUGCAGCAGAUGGCCAGGGCACUCUCUUCUUGAGGGCCAAGGAUGAGGCCAGUGCAAGGUCAUGGGCAGGUGCUAUCCAAGCCCAGAUCAACACUUUCAUACCUUGGGCCAAGGACGAGCUUCAGGCACUGCUUACAGCCACAGGUACAGCUGGAAGCCAGGACAUCAAGCAGAUUGGCUGGCUGACAGAACAGUUGCCCAGUGGGGGUGCGGCCCCAACUCUGGCCCUGCUGACUGAGAAGGAGCUGCUCCUCUACUGCUCCGUCCCCCAGAGCCGAGAGGCCCUAAGCAAUCCAGCCCGCACUGCCCCACUCAUUGCCACCAGGCUGGUGCACUCCGGCCCCUCCAAGGGCUCAGUGCCCUAUGAUGCAGAACUGUCCUUUGCCCUGCGCACGGGCACACGUCACGGUGUGGACACUCACCUGUUCAGUGUGGAGUCGCCGCAAGAGUUGGCCACCUGGACCCGACAGCUGGUGGAUGGCUGUCACCGGGCUGCCGAAAAUGUGCAAGAAGUGUCUACAGCCUGCACGUGGAAUGGCCGUCCCUGCAGCCUGUCUGUGCACAUUGACAAGGGCUUCACGCUGUGGGCUGCUGAGCCAGGAGCAGCCCGGGCCGUGCUGCUGAGGCAGCCCUUUGAGAAGCUUCAGAUGUCAUCGGAUGAUGGCACUAGCCUCCUUUUCCUGGACUUUGGGGGUGCUGAAGGAGAGAUUCAGCUGGACCUGCAUUCGUGUCCCAAAGCUCUGGUCUUUAUCAUCCACUCCUUCCUCUCCGCCAAAGUCACCCGCUUGGGGCUCCUGGCCUAGAAGUUGUCAGAUGCACAAGCCCCGAAGAGGAUCGUUCACCCUGUGGCCUGACCUGUCCUUCUGCUGCCUGCCGGCUCAUCUUUGGGCUGAGGGAAGGGAGAGGAGGGGAACAUGGACCUCAGAGACCAGCCUGAGGAAGGCUGGCUUGGUCUUGGGGAGCAGAACUCAGACCUGGGACAGUGGGUCUGGCUUUCGAUGGGGCAGCCUUACUACUGCUCACCUCCACCAGUGCCUUUUGAAGAGAGUUAUUUUGUGUACACAGAAGCCAUUCCAAGCCUGGGACCUGCCCCUGUGGGAAUCCUGUCCCCUGCCAACAGCAGAUCUGCCAGGCCUCCUGAAGGCCCCUAAGCCACCCUGAGAUUUCUGUAACUGGAGUCUUCUGGGUCAGUGGCAAGAGGAAGAAGAGGAGUCUUUCUGUUCACUUUCCCUUGAGCCCCAGGGGUGUCUGGGUUUUCUCCUCUCUCUCCUCCUCCUCCUCCCUCUUGGAUAAUAAACAGCCUGUGAAUGCAUAGGCAGCCU